AUGUCUGCACUCCAGAUCACCGCCAUUCUCGGCUCCUUGGCCAGCUCUGUGGCGGCUCACGGCUACGUCUCUGGCUUCGUCGCGGGCGGAACUUGGUACUCUGGCUAUAGCCCUUCCUUCCAAUACCAGAAUCCACCUCCAACAGUCGCCGGCUGGAGUGACCCAGAGAACCUGGCCAAUGGCUAUGUCGCUCCGACCGCAUACGGCGAUGCAGAUAUCGUCUGCCAUCUCUCCGCGACCCCUGGUGGCACCGCUGCUCAGAUCAAGGCGGGCGAUCAAGUCGAACUGCAGUGGACUACGUGGCCCGAUUCGCAUCACGGACCGGUGCUGGACUAUCUUGCAAAGGUCGACGGAGAGUUUGCUGAUAUCGAUAAGACUGCACUCAACUUCUUCAAGAUUGAUGAGCGAGGACUGGUCGAUUCCAGCGCAGCUCCCGGCAAGUGGGCGUCUGAUGAGCUGAUUGCCAACAACAACUCUUGGGCUGUGACCAUUCCCUCUUCGAUUGCUCCAGGAAAAUACGUCCUUCGUCACGAGAUCAUUGCUCUGCACUCCGCCGGCGACGCCAAUGGCGCUCAGAACUACCCACAGUGUAUCAACCUCGAGAUCACAUCGGACGGCACUGACACUCCUGCUGGUCAGGUCGCUACAUCCUUCUACAAGGCAGAGGACCCCGGCAUCAAGAUCAACAUCUACAACCCACUCGCCUCAUACACUAUUCCCGGCCCCGCCUUGUGGUCCGCAGCUGCUCCAGUCAACCAGAUCCCCGCUGCGAUUUCGUCUUCUGUUCCGCUCGCGUCGUCAGGCAGCGCAGCAGCUUCCUCUUACAUGCCAGCCAGCACGACCGCUUCCGCCUCUUCCCUUAGCAUCCAUACGUCGUACUCCAACACCACAUACUCUGCAACCGCAUACCCCAGCUCCGCUCCCGCA